UUGCCAUUAUUGUGUCUAUAUGAUUCUCUUUACUCAAGCGAAAUGAAUAAACAAACACCACAUUGUGACAAAACAAUAAUGUACUGUCUGCCUAACAGAAGGACUCAUCGUUUCCACAGGCACCACCCAACAGAGGGCACUAGCAGCCCGGCCGGGUCACAUCUGGCUCUCCAGCUCCCAGCUAAACCCUUCAGGGGCAGCCCCAUCAUCCGCCAUCACCCCAAGCAGCUAUCAACAGCAGCAGCAGCAGCAGCAGCAGCAGCAACAGCAGCAUCACCAACAUCAUAACCAGCAGCAGCAACACCUGGCUAAGAUGGCUGCUGGAAGUUUAAGCCCGGCAGAGAAGCACCGCUCGCCGAGCCCCAGGUCGGACUUUCUGGCCAUACCAGAGUUUGGUUCCCCGAACUUCAACACCUCCGCCUCCAGCCCCACAAGCUUGUCUGUGCCUGGCUCCUGGUGGGGGUUUGGGCCUGGUGGGAUUGGGGGAAACAGCGAUUACCGGCGAACUAGCAGCGCCACGUCGUCCAUAUUUGACCUGAGUACUGAGUGCGAGCAGUUGGAAAAGGCCCUAAAAGAGAACGAUGUCGUGACGGUAAAGAAGUUUCUGCAGGUUCACCAUAAUCGUUUCCCUCUGGACGUUCACGCGAGUUUUCUCGACAAGAGCAGUUGCGACUCACACAGCAGGCGUCUGAGUCACGUGAGCCAGGACGUGGACAUUCUCUUGAGGAAGAGCCAGACCCUCAUCGACGCCCUGGAGCGACACAGAGACAGCGAACUCACGGAUGAGGCCCCAAAUAUAUUCAGAUUGUCCCUUCACGUGGCUAUCCAGCAUCGAUCCAUUGACGUCCUCAAAGUUCUCCUCAAGUACGGGGUCGACCCUAACGAGCCUUCCACCGGAAUCCUCAACCCACGCAGUCGACGUGGGAGUCAUAACAGCAGCGUCAGCGACACCAACAGCCCUGUGGUUCCUGUCAUUUCUCUUCCGGGAUCCAGCAACCACCAUCUCCAUGUCCAUUAUCAGCAUCAUCAUCAGCAACAUCAACACCACCAUCACCAUCAGCAAUCCAGUACCGUUUGUCAACUUCCAGACCUGCGUGUACCUUCACCUGAACAUUCAAGACGGGGAUCGCGCACAGGGGGCGAAUGUCGAGGUUCUGGCUCCGAUAUAGACAACGAGGCGGAUACAGUAAGUUCAGAGGAUUCGUCUGUAUUCAAGAAACAAAGCACUGCAGAUGCCUCUGGAAAAGACGAUUCGGAUUCCACCGAUAGGACAUCUCCAGCUAUAUUGGCAACAGUAAGCGAACCUUUCCAGCCUUGUGUCAAUAGUGCCUCUCAGGUUCUUUCUGAGACCACAGAUAUCAGCAACAACGACAACAGCAAUAUUCAUAGAAGUAGUACUGGCUCUGUUGGAAGAGUGAGUAUAACAUUUGAGCAACAACCGCCGCUACAGCAAGAACAACGCCAACAACAGCAUGAAUGUAAACAGCAGCACCAGCAGCACUUUCCAGCGUCAGCAAAUCGUUUCCACCGCCACAGUGUGGACACAUCCCUACUGGUUCCAGCAGUGACCAGCGCACUAAGUCGUUCUCCCUUCACAAACCGCCGCGGCCACUACAGCGGUCACCUACCAGAGAUCGUUGAAACAGUGGCCGAAGAGAAUGGCGAGUUCAGUUUCUCCUCGGUCUACUCAAGGGAAGAAUUGUUUAAUCUGCCAUGUCUAUAUCUCGCCGUUGUUGAAGGUAUUCCCUAUAUAGCACAGCUGUUGCUACGCUACGGCGCUCAGCCUAACGUCCAAGACGUUCAUGGCUGCAGCCCGUUACACGUCGCAUGCUGCCCCGACUUCCACAACCAGGACAUCGUAAGGGCGCUUCUCAAAUCCGGCGGCAAAAUCCACCUUCAGAAUUUUCAACAGGACUCGCCCUUUUCGCUUUGGCCUGAAGUGCUCAACGAGCAGAGAGCGGUGGUUCGGGCAGCUUUGACCCGGGUAACCUUUCAGUCGAGGGGGUCACGGUCUCGAACGUCCUCUGGCGCGGGUCAAGCCGCUAAAGACAGUCCGCUGUCCCUCACGCCAACUCAUGACGCGGUGGGCACGAGUAAUUCCCAUCGAUCUGGCAGCGUGAGCCGGUUUUUCAAGCGUCUUAGUUCGGAUCCUAAGCCCAAGAGUAGAGACCGUAAGGUGACACGAGAUGAGAGCUCGGUGUUCACGUCCGAAGGCCUGAGAGAAAGGACCUAUUCCAGUGGUUCCUGUCGCAGCCGACAUUUCUCUUCAUGUGUCCAGGACGAUCUGGAGAGCGAUAUAUCCCUGGAGCCGUCUGUCUUCUCUGAGCGGCCGUCUUCGCGGGGCAGGAUGAGCCUACGGCGCAGCGAGAAGGCCAAAAACAGGGGCAGCUACUCUGUAGAUCAGAUCGAACGGUCUGCAAGUGACGAGGCGGAGCGGUCUCUGCAUGCAUUGGUCAAGCUAGCUUCGAACUGGGAGUGCGUGCCCACCAUGUUAGAUAGCUUGCUACCCUACAUGCGCAACCUGCUCCCGGUGAUCGAGCAGCUAGAGGCCCCUGUGGUGGAGAAGUCUAUCAACGAGCUCUUCAACCAGCUGCUGCAGACAAGCUAUGCCCAGCUGCUACAGACGAGCACGGACGAGGCCAAACGUUCUAUUUUCCUAGAGCUCACCAAGCUUCUACAGGCCUCCCUGGAGUUGCUGAGAGGCAAACAGAGCCUCCACUUCACCGCUCUCUCCACAGUCAACCGCAUCAUGGACAUCUGUGUUGUCAACAAGAGCUACGAGUUCGGAUCCCAGCUGCAUCGAAGCGACGUCGACCACCACGGCUUUGGUGGGGAUGGUCCCGAGUUCGUGCCAAGCUCCAACGUGAAGACCUCUUCCUCUAAAGACCACAGCUCGUCUUCCGUCAAGGGCGCUUCUUCGGGAGGUGGUGGUGGGCGGGACUACCAACCUGUCAGAUUCCAAAGCCACGCCCAUCCUCACACAGGUUUGAGCAGUAGGCUGGCGUGUGUGGAGGAUACCUCAGCCUCCCCUGGAUUUAUAGGCUCCUCCCCAAGAAGUCUGUCACUUUCGUCUCCGCCAGUGGCAGCAUCUUCAUCCUUCACCUCUUCUUCUGUUGUUCCUGGUGCUAGCGGAGUAACCGUGUUCUCCUCUUCCUCCACCUCCUCCCCUCCCGGCAGCGGUACUUCCACCACUGUGACGUGUUCCUCCACACUCAACCGCAUCUCCUCCCUCCACAAACGCCGCGCCAGCCAAGCCACCCAUGACCAUCACCAGCAACAGCAGCAGCAACAGCAACAGCAACAGCAACAACAACAGCAGCAUCAGCAAAACGGGGCAGAGGAUGAAGACGCCGGGAAGUCUGGCGCGGCUGUGAUACGGACGCCUCUUGAGAUCCUGCUGUCUUUAGACCCCAGCCAAAUCGUGUCGUGUCUUCACAACAACAUCACCAUGCACAAACGGAUUAUUGGCACCAGGCAGAAAUGCACGCCCAGUGUGAGGCAAAGGCACUGCACUCACCACUGCCUUCAGAUCCUCAGUGCAAGAGUUCUCACUCUUAUGUGUCACAGUGCGCAUGUGCAGCACAAGUUGGUUACAAGGGGCCAUCUCAAGAACCUUGUAGAGGCACUGGAUCCUAACCAUGACCCACAACUCCUGUGCCUGCUCCUACAAGCCCUGGCGUGUGUGGCCAUGACCCCUGCGUACCACGCGGCCUUGAGCGAGGCGGAUGUCGCCGACAUGCUGAUGCAGCUGCUACUGCCUUCCGAUGAGUGGUACUAUACCAACCACAGCACCAAGUACGCCAAGUACGUGAAAUACCAUGCCGCGAGGAUCCUCGUCUACAUGGGCCUUUUCCACAAGCUCGGCGGACGUGUGGACAUUUUUGAUAGGCGUCGUAAGUGUUGA